CGGACUCCGAAGGACGAUGGAAUUUCUUGGAUAUCAGUAUUACAGGCUGAUUCGAAUCUUCUUGUCAUGGAUCAGCCUGUGGCCGUACCAGCAAACGUUACUCAAGCAAAUCCAAGCGAUUGUCUGUAUAAUUGUGCUUGUAUCUUCGAUAGUCACCCAGCUGCUGAAACUGUUCACGAUGGAACACGAUCUCAAUCUGAUACUGACCGAUCUGGCGUUUGCCAUUCCCAGCGUCAUUUAUCUCCUCAAGUAUAAGACUUUUUACAUAAAAUCCCGGGAGAUCAGGAAGCUAAUGGAGCGAGUCCGACGCGACUGGAACACGUUGAAGGACGAACAGGAACUCGAGAUAAUAAAGAAAUGCGCCGAAUCCGGAAGAAUUUACCUGUACACGUUCGCCGGCAUAAUCUAUCCCGGCACGGUGCUUUUCAUUCUGUGGACCUUGUUACCGGAUAUUCUCGACGCCGUGGCGCCGUUAAACGAAACCCGCCCGCGGCAACUGCCGUUCAUGGCGGAAUACUUUCUCGACCAGCAAAAGUACUUUCAUCCGAUAUUAUUGCACAUGCAGUUAACGGCUGUGGUAGGAAUCGUGACCGUUGUAUCUACCGAGACGUUGUUCUUCGCGUACGUUCAUCACGUUUGCGGUUUGUUCGACGUGGCUAGUUAUCGGAUAGAGCACGCGUUGGACGAGAGCGUGACGGUAUUAUCGGCAUCGAGUAAAAUAAACGCGACUCAUAUGAAAAUAAUAGGCGCCGUAGAUAUUCACCAGAGAGCCAUCGAGUUUUUCCAGUAUCUAAUGUCCACAUUCUCCUCGUCCUACUUUAUCUUAAUUAUUCUCGGCGUAGCAUCUUUGAGUCUCAACUUAUUUCGCCUCUUUCAAAUUAUCCUCAUACCCGGGCAAAGGGAAAGCUCUGUACCGUACGUGAUAUUUGUAUCUGGCCAUUUUUACUACAUGUUCAUAUGUAAUUAUAUGGGACAAAAAGUGAUGGAUUACAGUACCGGAGUUUCUAAAAAAACAUACAGCACACAGUGGUACGCGGCGCCGGUGCAAACGCAAAAGUUACUGCUGUUUGUGAUGCAAAGGAGCAUGAAAUCUUGCAAGUUGAUCAUAGGCGGUAUUUACCCGGCGUCGGUGGAAGACUUUACCACGCUCGCGAGCAUGUCGCUGUCGUACUUCACGGUGAUUUAUUCCGUGCAACAAUGAGGACCCAGCGAAUGGGGGCGAGAAUGUAGCGACCGCUAGUGAUUUCAGCUUGAAAGCGAUAAUUACUUCGAAACAUUUCAUAAGAGAGAAGAAGAAAAACGAAGGCUGCACCCGGAAAGAUCGUUCACUGUUAAUUCGGUGGGCUCUCUUUCGUUUGCGAAUAUUGUAUUCGCAUAUAUAAUACAAUAAAUAAUU